ACGGUCGGAGCUUCACAGAGGUGCGUUUCUUGCACGUUACUCCAAAAAUGUCUUCAUAGCAGCAACAUGGCGUGUACUCGGCUCGUUCAACUCGUCGUACUUUUAUCCCCCGCUUCGUGUUUUGGGCGCCAAAUUGUUGUCUUUUAAACUUACACUGUAGUGGCGUGAAGUUUUCAAACGGGGACAUCAAGGUGUCGAAGCAACUGGAAGUUUGUCCUCGCGGCAGGAAGAGGAGGAUUCUCCUUUGAAGGCACGUCUCUGGACUGGAGUACAGCUGCGACCAUGCGCUGUCACUAGACAUCUUACUGUUUUCUCAGACAGAGAGGGGAGAGUGAGCUGAUGCUGCCUUUCUUCAUCCUCCUUCUCCUCUUUGCUGGACAUCUAUGGGAGAGGGUGUCCUGUUCGCUCCCACGCAGCUCUUGUUGGAGUUACUCGCGCCUCAGACUCCACCGUGAAUGCUGAAUUCACAGACCUGGAUAAUAGAGAGCGACUCACGUAACCUCAUUUGAAUGCCUUUGCAAGGAGUUUGGUGCUUUCUGUGCUGCAGGCAGGGCUUCAGUUUGCUCGGACGGGACUAUGGGGAGAAAGAGGAGGAAGAGUCUUUUGAAUUGCGCAACAAGGAGGACUCGACUCCCAACGGACGGAGUCCAGCUGAGGUGACUGUUUCACAACCAACUCGCACAGCCAAUGGAACAAAUGGACACACUGUGUCAGAGGGACAUGAAGAGAUGAAGACCCUGAUCUUUGACAAGAAUAAAAUGGGCCUGGAGGAGGAACCUGAAGUGCUGGUCAAAGGUUGGCUGUUGCGCGAGGUGCGGGGUAACUGGAUUAAGCAGCGGCGAUACUGGUUUGUGCUGAGCCAGGACUCACUGGAUUAUUACAGUGGACCAGAGAAAGGAGCCCGCAGACUCGGCACACUGGUCCUCACCAACCUCUGCUCUGUCAUCUGGCCCGACAAGCAGACAUACAAGGAAACAGGCUACUGGAGCAUCACAGUAUAUGGGCGGAAGCACUGCUACAGGCUAUACACCAAGCACUUCAAUGAAGCUGUGCAUUGGGCGUGUGCCAUCCAGAAGAUCAUUGAUACCAAAGCACCAGUGGAAACGCCAACGCAGCUCCUGAUCAGAGACAUCGAGGAGAACAAGUUCAACCCUGAGGUGGUGGAGCACAUCUACCAGCACAACCCCAUCCUGAAGUACACCCAGGGCCCCCUGUACGCGCCACUGCUUCCCUUCCCCUACGGCAGCCUGGAGCACACGUACCACAGUGGGAAAGGCUAUGGUUCAGUGCGCGAGGAGGCAGUGAAGCUCUUCAACUGCCUGCAGCAGCUGGAGUCGGCACAGGAGCCGAUUCCCAUUAUCCAGGGCGUGCUGCAGACCUGCCUAGACCUGCGGCCCCUCCGUGACGAGGUCUACUGCCAGCUGGUGAAGCAAACAAGCUACACGCCUGCCCCAUACACUGCCGCUCACCUCCGCUACUGGCAGCUACUCACCUGCAUGAGCUGCACCUUCCUGCCUGGGCCCACUGUGAUCAAGUACCUGCGAUUCCACCUCAAGAGGAUUCAGAGCCAAAGUCCAGAGUCUGAGAUGGAUAACUAUGCGUCAUUCAUCAGCGAGGCUUUGGAGAAGACUAAGUGUCGGGAGUGUGUGCCAUCCUGGGAAGAGAUCCAAAUGCUGAUGAGCAGACAGGAGAUGCUGUGCACUGUUCACUAUCCUGGCCCCGGAUCCUGCCAGCUCUACAUCAGCUCACACACAACUGCCAAUGAGGUGGUUCGAAGGAUACAGGAAAAGCUCGGCCUGCUCGAGAGCAAAAACACGUUUGCACUUUAUGAACAGAAUGGACUGUGGGAGCAGCCGGUUGCAGGCGGUGCUUUGAUCGCAGACAUCCUGACCAGCUUUUCCACCAAAGAGUCCGAGUCUAAAUCCCAAUGGAAACUGUGUUUCAAGCUCUACUGCCUGUUGGAUGCUGACAGCAUAUCAGUGGACAGCAUAGAGUACCUCUUCCUCUUUGAGCAGUGCCAUGAGAUGGUCGUGCGUGGCCAGCUGCCAGCCUGUGAAGAGGACCUCCAAGCCUUAGCCGCCCUGAGGCUUCAGUGCCUUAUGGGUGACUUCAGCACUCACUCUCCCUGCCCGCCUCUGGAUGAGCUUUUCCCUGGCGACAUGCUUGAAACCCGGGUCCUCAUGUCUCUUUCCGCCCCACAAGCCUUGCCCCCUUGCCUGGUGGCGGCUCAGGAUUGCCUGGCGACUCAGCGCUUCCCCAAAGGCCUCCUCACGGGGACGCUGUGGAGCCACACGGCUACAGCGGCGCACAAGCAAAAAGUGCAGCAGGACAUGUGCCUGCGGAGCCGACUCAAGGAGGAGGCAGCGGCCGUCAUGGGAAUCAUUCUGGAGCGUUGGAAAGAUCUGGCUGGUUCCAGCCGCAGGGACAGUAUGGCCGCCUACCUCGCUAUUGCUCGCCAGUGGUCGGGCUUUGGUUGCACUCUUUAUGAAGUGGAUUUUUAUAUUAGUUCAACGGAGAGUUUUUCCCAGAAGCUGUGGCUGGGUGUAGCUGCUACAUCCGUGUCUCUAUAUCGGCAGGGAGAAGCAGAGGCCCUGGAGUCGUUUCCUUAUGGCCAGAUCUGCUCCUAUGGCGUAUCUGACAGCAACAUCUUCAAGAUCACAGCAGAGGAUCGGGAUCUGCUUUUUAAAACCACCAAGCUGACUGAGAUCAUGCAGCUGAUGAACGCAUACUUCAGUGCCAUCCGUCGCCAGCGAGGGAAAGGGGAAGACGUGGACAUCACCAAGGCAGAAAGCACAGAGGUGGGCUUCUGUCACUUGGCCUCCAUGCAGCCUCCAACCCUCCUGGAGUUGCCCUCACACCCCGUUUGAUCGGGGACCCGUACCCGCACACAACCUUCCCCCCUCCACCCCAACACCCAACGUCCUCCUCCUCCUACAUGUGGCCCCUAGGAGGCCCAGCCCCAGUGCUCAGGACCCCGCGCCUCCUCCGCUGGGAACAGUACGGCAGCCAAAACAAAGAGAGGGCUGUUUUCACUCCCCAUCCGUGAAAAUAAACCCUUGCUGAGCUUUCCAGCUGAAGGAGCUGGCCAAUGCAGGGAGGGAGGGUGAGAGGACGGGACAGC